CAGCAAUUCUGAUAGGCAUUAUAGUAGAGAGGAAGAUGAUAUAAACCCCGGAAAUAAUUUGUUCGUUACAGGGUUGUCUACUAGAACAGGGGAUAGAGAAUUAGAAGAACUAUUUGCAAAAUAUGGCAAGGUUACAAAAGCACAGAUUAUGUAUGACCCACACACUCGAGAAUCUCGUGGUUUUGGAUUUGUGACUAUGGAAACAACCGAUGAUGCUGAUACAGCAAGGCAAAGUAUCCAUGGUACAGAGAUUAACGGCCGAGUAAUAACUGUGGAAAAGGCUCGUCGCUCUAGAGCUAGAACCCCAACACCUGGUCGUUAUUAUGGACCACCUAAACGUCGUG